UACGCCAUGUCCCGUGGAGCACUGCAGGGUGGCCGGGAAUUGAGGCUGCGGGUGCGUCACAAGAAGCCAAAGCGCCUACUGCGCAGUUGGUACAACCUGGUCGGAAAGGACCAGGCCAUCGCUAAUGGAGUUGAUCCAGCAGAUGAGGUGGGAAAAGAUAAACGGCAUAACAGCCAUGACAUGGAUGAACAGGUGCAGAGGGACGUAAAGCAUCGUCACAGAAAUCAUGAGUUGUCUGGUCAUGCUCUUGGAAGCUCUGGUGAGCAUGGUACUUUGGCCAAGGUGCGUCUCAAUGGCAAUGUCUUUCAUAGUGGCCCCCCAGAAAAGAUUGUCAAUGGGAAGUGCUACAAUCAACGUUCAGAUCCUGGCGCCACAUGUGCUGUUAACCCAUCUUCUGACGAGUCUGACUGUGGUUCAAGACAAUGACCUUGUCUGUAGCGUCUGCACCAUGGGCGAGUCGGAACCUCCAAAUGAGAUUGUCAUCUGUGACACUUGCAACAAAGGGUUUCACCAAACAUGCCAUACACCCAAGAUAAGUGACCAGGUUCUCCUGCCAAAUAUACCAUGGCACUGCCGAAACUGUGUUCCCGUUGGCUCUGUGCGGAAAAGUGCAAAAAACUACAAAAAUGGUAAAACGCACUCAUCACCAUUCACUUUGAAAAACAGCAGCCGUCGCAUCCAACUGCGAGUUUCACGUGCCCGGGUACAAAUGUUCAAGCUUGGCUUUCCAUAUAAUAUGAAGACAUUGCAGUGGGAUGAUCAGCACAAGGUGAACACCAAGAAUUGCUAUUGCUACUGCGGAGGACCGGGCGAGUGGAAUAUGAAGAUGCUUCAGUGUCGGUCAUGCCGACAGUGGUUCCAUGAAGCUUGCAUCCAAGGCCUUGAAACCCCGCUGCUAUAUGGUGACAGCUUUUACUACUUUACAUGCUCUGUGUGCAAUAAUGGGCCAGAAGUUGUCAAGCGGAUGCCCCUGACCUGGAUGGACAUUACUCAUUUGACAUUGUACAACUUGGUGAUGGAGCGUCGCAAAAAGUAUUACGACUUGGAUGACGUAAUCCUUCCAUACCUCAACUCUAUAUGGCUGGCAUUGCAGUUGCCAUCCGAUAUUUUUCGUUGUUCUGUCCGUGAAAGGCGAACAAACAUCUAUGGGUGCCUGUGCAGCGACAGAGCCAGGUUCAAAUCUGGUAAAGAAGUUAAAAAGCGAACAUCACUGUGGGGCCUUCGAAACAGAACUGCUCCCCCCAUUCCGGGAGAAGAGGCGCCACGGGAACUUCGAAGUGUUGUGCCUGCCUUACCUCCGCGUGCACCACUUUCCAAGCCUGCUCCAGGGGCCUGUAUAUAUGUCUACAGCCCACAAUCGAUGCGAGGGGUGCAGGCUUGCAACCGAACGCUUCAGCGAUCUCGGAGAAGCUGGAGCAGCACAGCUAGUGCAGAAAGCCACCAUGUAAAAGUCCGUGUAUUCAGGCGUGGUGUUGUAAAGGACAUGGUUGAAAUGCGAGGUCGAGAAAAUGGCCAGAAGAAAGCAAGAAGAAAAAGGCUUCAGAGCGGUCGCGUGAAGAACAAUGCCAGCCAUUCCAGCAAGUUGUCUAAUGGCCUAGGCAGAAGCAAGCCACAAGUUCGCAGUGUUAAGGUCCCACGUGAUCCAUUUGACAGCGACGAGGAAGCUGUGAGUUCAGGUACUGGAGAGGGCAGCACUUUCUUGGACGCCUUCAUACCACCCCUGAGGGAUUUUCAUGGUGGCAACCAUCCAUUCCGUGAUGAGGUACUCUUCCCACCACCACCUCGCCCAAGGCCAAGGCCUGGGAGGCCCCCAAAAAAGCGCACACUCCUAGUGCCACUCAAGCCAGCUAAGCUCAAGUUGCGUGGUUCCCAACGGAGGCUGUGUUUUGGUACUGCUGACACAGACUCUGAAGACUGUAGCAGUAUGAGCAGUACCUGUACAACCAGCACUGGUAGUGCAACCAGCUCUGGCACCACAACCAGCUCUAGUUCUACAUCCAGCUCUGGUACUAUAAGCAGCACUAGCACCACAAGCAGCACUGCCAGCUCACGUGUAGACUGCAGCACCCAGGGCCGGGGAUCGCUGCGGUGGAAGGAGACGCUUCGCAGUAGUGAAGCUGCCAGUAGUGAAAAGAGCCGCUUCAGUGUACUGGCCAAACGCAUUUCCUUUGACGGAAAAGUGCAGUACCUUAUAGACUGGGACAAUUGUGGAAGCAAAACAUGAUGGAUGGCUGAAUACACAACACUCUUCAGGACCUUCUUCUUCUUGACUGUGUGUUUGCUGGUGUGCAUGUGUGUGUGAAUUCAUGUGUUGGUGCAUUAUGAAACUGGCCAGAGACCUCAAGGAGUUGGUUUGGUGAAGCACCAUUGUACAGGCAGCUGCUACGGACUGCUUGAGUUUGUUUUCCUUUUCUGUUCUCUUUCAAAUGCCGCUUUUUUAUGAGUUGUUAGAUCUGCACAUACAUGUGAAAACAAGCCUUUCAAAAGUGAAAUAUACAGGACUCAUUGGUCAGGAGGUGCCCUCUGCUCUUUUUCGGAACGCAGCAACAAUUAGAAGGGAAGUUAAAUACAUUUUAUCACUAAUGUUACCUUUUGGAUGACUUCGAAAAUCAGAGUUGUCAAUAUUUAGUUUGUUUUUGGUGACAGCAAUGUUAAUGUGAACUGAAUUCGGCUCUCUACAACUGCCUACAUAAAUUAACUUUUUCUGCAAGUGCUUGUAGCGGACAUGUCAAGCAAGGCCUGCCAGCUGUGGUAUAGUUACGUGAACAAUUUUUGUACACCAUUUUUACAGCUAGUUCCUAAAUAAAUUACAGGUUUGUAAUAAAGACCAGUGAAAUCUACCCAUUUUCUAAUGUCUUCACAACUUAAUAGUGUUGCCUGAGAAGACCUCUUUCUUCUCAGUGUGAUACAGGACCUGCCAUGCUUUCUUCAAUGCGAGUUAACCGCAGUGUUAAUGUCAAUCAGUUAAUGCUCUUGAGGCACCAUGUGUGUUUUACAUCUGCUGAAACACUGCCAUUUUGCUUUCUAGGGUUUAUACAUUUCUCCUAGUCUUAUUUGCUUUUCCGGGGGGUCAAAACAAGUGGUUGGCCUUUUUUUUUCCACUUGCUCUCCCAACACUUACUUUUGAACUUUUUUACUUUCAGUGAUUUUUUUUUAUUCUGUGUCAGUUUUUGUUCACAUGCACAUGCUUGCUUAUAAUAGUUUCAUGUCAGAUGAUACUAAUUCGAUCAGCUUGGCACUGUUGACAGCGUUUCAGUUUAAGGUUCAGUGAGUUUUGGUAUGAUUUGAAGCCUCCUUCAGAUUUUAGCAAUUAGCCUAAAAUUCCUUCUCUACAGUUCGUUAUUUUACAGUGCACCUUUGUUUUUGGCUGUGGUACGUUGUACUUAAAGUGCUUUUCAUUCGGUAGUGGGCCUUGCUAGCACUGCACAUUAUUAAAUAUGAACCAAAGAGUAAUGACUCCAUCAGAUGUUACUGGGUGUUUGCAUCAAAGUGCUGUUAUAGUGAAAUAAAGUUAUAUUUACGA